CCAUGGAGCGCCCCCUCCGCCGCCUCGCGCUGCUGCUCGGCCUCCUCGCCUUGGCCGCGGCGGCCGCCACGAGGGCCGGGGCGCAGCCGGCGUGCGAGCCCUCCAACCUCGCCACCCAGAUCACGCUCUUCUGCAUGCCCGACAUGCCCACGGCGCCCUGCUGCGAGCCGGUCGUCGCCUCCGUCGACCUCGGCGGCGGCGUUCCCUGCCUCUGCCGCGUCGCCGCCCAGCCGCAGCUCGUCCUCGCCCGCCUCAACGCCUCCCACCUCCUCGCGCUCUACACCGCCUGCGGGGGGCUGCGCACCGGGGGAGCCCACCUCGCCGCCGCCUGCCAGGGUCCGUCACCCCCUGCAACCGUCCCCGUCAUCGCCCCGCCGCCCCCCGCGCCUCGCCACAAGCUGCCAGCACACGGCGAGGCCCCUCCCCCACCGCCGACGAGCGAAAAGCCGUCCCCGCCUCCCCAGCCGCAGCAGCCAGGUGGAACCGCCGCCCACGGCAAGGCCAUCUCCGCCAGCCCGGCCGCCGCAUCCUCGCCGCUGGCGCCGGCCGCUGCGCCCACGCCGCCUACCUCCGGCUCAGACAAGAGGCGCCGCCACUCCUCGCUCGUCUUCUUCCUCUUCGUCGCCAUCAUCAUCGCCCUCGACUGAUGAGCCGCGGCGCCUCCCCGGACGGCCGCCAACCAUCGCCGGUGCCUGACUUGAGCUCGUAGCGGCAGCAGCAGUAGUACUACUCGUCUUCCCGAUUUUGCUUCAGCAGUAGUAGUAGAGUAGUAUCAUCAUUAGUAGCAGUAGUAGUGCACCCUUCGCAGUUCUGUUGCCUCUUAUUAGUAGUAUCGUUUGGUACUUGAUCGGUGGAAUCGCCAGAAGGGCGGACGUGAUGGUUGGUCUAGCAGUACCCGUACGAUGAUACCUGCAGUAUGUUCUUCGUUCGUGUGCCUCCUCGGUCGCGUGUUUCUGCUGGGCGUCCACCGUGUCUUGAUCGAUCACUUGCCUGGUUGAAGUGACUCGAACAAGAGAUCCAAUGUGGCCGAGGAGAACACUGCCUUUUUUUUUUGUUA